UUGUCCGAACUGCAUUUAAUCGAGAACAUAUCAGUGAUCGGCCGCAUAGAUCAUCAACAAAGUCGAAGUCUUGUAGCCUACAUCGGAAAUGAGACGAUGGGUACUCAGAUUGGUACAAAUCUGAACGAACCAGACAACAAUAACAUUGGCCUAGAUAUACACCUUAAACUUCCCCGGCUAGCGCAGUACAUCAACAUAAAGAAAACGGAUAUCCUUGAUGCGAUGACGUUAUGUGAGGUUGAGGUAUAUGAAACAGAAUGUCCUUGUGAACAGUUUGGUGACAAAUGUGCAAGGACCUGUCACUGCAGUACUCCCUGCUGCAACAGUUUAAAUGGGCAUUGUCCACGAUGUAAACCAGGAUGGAUUCCACCGACAUGUGAAACAGCUUGUUCGAAAGGAACUUAUGGCGAUAACUGCUCCGGCACGUGUAGUUCGUUUUGUGUUGAUGGACGACAAUGCGACCAUAUCACCGGAGUUUGCGAUGGGGGCUGUAUACCGGGAUAUGAUUACAGUAUGGAUCCACAGUGCAAUAAGCGUAAGUAUAAAUCUUCAAAAUAA